AUGGAUAAAUCUACAUGGACGUUUGCGGGCCAUGACACCUUGUGCGUGGAUGAUCCGAUCCAAUUCGGAGUGAGUGCCGCUCAGAGGUUGUUGUGGGGAAAGCGGGUGAUAAUCAUGGGCUGCAGUGUGCAAAGGGAUCUGUAUAAGGACAUAGUGUUAUUAUUGCAGGAGCAGAGGUACUUGACCAAGCAAGAGAACAAGGUCAAGGGUCCCAAGACUGUUGUCAAUGACAUACUACUCGAUGGGGGUAUUUUCGAGGAACUAAAGAACGAUCCUUUGUAUCGAGAAGUCCGCGAGUAUCGCCAGGGUGAAUUCCACGUUCGUUUCUACUUCAUCACUAAGUCAUUCAAUUCAAUAGUGUGGGCGUUCGUGCACAACAUCUACGCCGAUUUCCACCCUGAUGUUUUCUUUAUCAACUCAGCUAUCUGGGACGUGAACAGAGGCGGUAUUCCGUUUGAUCGCUUUGCCUACAAGCAGAAUGUGCGUUUGAUCUGCAAAAGGCUGGUGUUUCUCUUCUCAUCGAACUGCAGACUUAUCUGGCUUCACCAGCCCCCAGUUACCCAAAAGUGUUCAUCUGGAGGAAUAGUUCAGCCGGCCGACCGAGAAGUGUUGAAGUUCAAUGUGUUGCAGUGGAUAGAAGAGGCUGUCUGCAUCGCCGAGAACGUAGCUAAACAACUCGGAUUCGAGACAAUCGACCUAUACCACCUCAUGAAGCACAGGUUGAACUGGAUUGCUAAAGAUGGUGUACAUUGGGCUUCGGAGGGCUACAGGUGCAUGUCUUUGCUCGUGUUCCACAAACUCAGUGACAUGUACAAUAUCCCACUACCAGAAGAGGGUGUGCAGUAUGAGUAUCCCUGA